AUGCCGAUGGCAACAGGCCACUUGAACCCAAGCUUGCCGCUUGCUCGUUCGCUGCUACAGCUGGGACAUGAAGUUCACUACCUCUCCCGGGAGUCGGUCCGAACGGCCAUUGAGAAAACGGGCGCAAGCUUCACGGAUGCGGCUCAGGAGCAAAUGGAGCUGUACGCAGACCGUGACGAGGACAUCAUGGGUGCCUUCAAGGCAGUUGCGAAGGAGCAGGGCCUGGAAAACGCGCCGAUGAUGGUUGGUAUGUGUGCUGUCUCGCCUAUUCACUUGGAGCUUCAGUUGCCAGGGACCAUCCGAUGGCUGCAGCGAGUUCGGCCGGACGUAGUUGUCUUCUGUCCCAUGAUGAAUCCAGAGGCGGUCUACGCUGCCAAGUUCCUGCACAUCCCUGCUGUGGGCUUGUGGACUUUUGCAGGUCCAGGUGGCAUGGUGGGCAUCAUGAACAUGUUUCUCAAUCAGUCUGGCAUACCCGUGGAGGAAAUCAUAGCUCAAGUGGAUACAUGUCAGCCGAUGAAGGAGAGCAUGUACAGGCUCCGGGAGAAGUACGACAUCGAUUUUGACUUCAGGAAGGGUCUUUCGCCCAUGGGCUUUCUUCACACCAUGUGCGAAACAAACUUCAACUUAGUGACGACAGCAGAGGAAUUUCAGGACCCCUUCCCAACAGAGCUGUCUGCCGCAUAUUCGGAGGCGGGAGCCAGGUUCGAGUACGUUGGUCCUUUGUUGGAGUCGGUCUCGGAGGAUGCCGGGGAGGCACUGCAGGCAUUACUGGCAGCCCGGAUGGCUGGUCGCAAGGUCGUGCUGGCCAGCAUGGGCACGAUCUUGACCUCAGAUACCGAAGGCGUUGGCUGGAAAGACGCGCCACGGAAUGGGUCUGGUGAACCGCAGGGUCUCACUGGAAAGCAGUUGUGUCAGGCUGCCUGGAGUGCCGUCUUUGAUGCCUUUGGCUCGUCCGAAGCCUCGGGGGCCCCACUGCUGAUCGUGGCUGUGGGUCGACAGCCCGAUGCGCUGAGCGAUGUGGACGUGCCUGAAAAUGCACUCUGCUUACCCGUUCUGCCGCAAGUCGCGCUGUUGAAGGCCGGGGUGGAUUUGUUCUUGACCCAUGGUGGUCAAAAUAGCUUCAUGGAAUCCUUAUCUGCCGGUGUGCCUGUGGUGGUCUGCCCCGGAUUUGGAGACCAAGCAGUGAAUGCCAUGAAAUCCGAAGCCAUGGGUGUGGGCCUGCAGGUAGAACGCCCCGUUCCCGCUCACGGCGAGGAAAUGGAUUCUGUUGCGGCUUACCGCGCUGCUGUUUCUGCUGCCUUAGCGCGAGCUCUACAGGAACCCCAGUUCGCUGAAAAGGCGAAACGAUGUAAGGAGUGCUUGCAAGAGGCUGGGGGUGUGCGCAAAGCAUGCGAGCUGCUAGUUGAGCUUGCUGGUGAAUCCUACCCAAAGCUGUUGGGACGCACUGCGCUUGGAAUGCCAUCAUGCACAGAGGUGUCAGAUGCUAAGAACCCAGUUGCAACUGACCCUACACCACCUUAG